GGCACGGAGCGGUCAGAAUGGAAGGACAGCACGUGAUGUACGCGGUGCUGUCGGCACUCCUGCUGGCGGGCCUGUCGGUGCCGCAGACGUCCGCCUCGGACUCGGGAGGGUGCGACCAACCGACCAACUGCAGCGCGUGCUCGGCGACGCCCAACUGCAGCUGGUUCGUGUGUCAGCAGCAGGCGCAUAUGGAUCACUGUAGCAACACGACGGGCGGCGCAGCCGAGGGCUGCCACCCGAUCGACGCCUCCCAGUGCGAUGGUCCCGAGCCCAGCACAACGCCCGAGCCGAGCACGACUUUUCCCACGUCUACCGUUAACCCGCCUACUACCGAUACGCCCACCGAGCCUCCCACCACCGAGCCUCCCACCACCGAGCCUCCCACCACCGAGCCUCCCACCACCGAGCCUCCCACUACCGAGCCUCCCACCACCGAGCCUCCGACCACCGAGCCUCCGACCACGGAACCUCCGACCACCGAGCCUCCCACCACCGAGCCUCCCACCACACCGGAGCCAGAGCCCACCACAGACGUGCCCCCUACGAUGGUGCCGCCGUCGCCGAGUCCCACCCCGGGUCCGACGCCGGGCCCGACUCCGGGUCCGACACCGACGCCGGCGGCGAGGACCGGCUUCAGCUUUGGCAGCUUCGUCGGUGGUAUGGUGUUCUGUCUGGUCGUCAUUGCGGGCGUCUUCAUCGGGCUGAAGAUCUACCGGCGUCGCCAGGCCACAGCGGGCCGGUACAACAACCUGUGGGGUACCGACUCGGAACGGAUGCACCUGACCAUCUGAGGCCGUGCCGGCUCCGGCUCCGGCUCCAGCUCCGGCUGCCACGGCCCCAGCCCCGCCGCAGCGUUGUGAUACAUGGACCGACUCGUCCCCUGAAGAACUUUGUCAGCGUGGCCCACGCGUCUGGCGGUAUAUUUAUAGGCAUUUUGGCCAUCUACUUAGCGAUGCGGCCGACUAUGUGCGCGUCGGCGAUAGUCGCGCCGCAUCGGAGACGCGUUUGCAUUGUGGCGCAGGCUGUCAAGGUGGCCGCCUGUUGUGCUUGUUUGGGUGCAGAUGCAGCGGGGUCGGCCGUUUUCGGGUGAGUCAUUCCGUCUGUUGUUCGUGAGCGUGCCCGGCAGUUCUCGGAGUGUUCGCUCGUCUUUCUAGUCCCUUCAUUGACCAUGACAAUUUUCAUCAUCUAAGAACAUCACAUCCUCAUGGAACUAAAUGUCGCGAGAAUUUCGGUAAUAGUUCUCGCAAGCUGAUUGGCAGGAGUCUUGCUGCAUGUUGACGCCCGGUCCAGAAUCCGGGCACGCCAGUGGUUUUCUUGUUUUUAAAACAGGCUGAAAAUUUGGUACAAGCUGUUUUUUAGCCCCAAUCAAUCCCGUGACACAAGGAAGGGCACCUGGGUCCUCAAACAUAUAGCACUAAUGCGUUUUGAUACUUCAAGUCUAAAAACCCAGAUAAUACCACAAGGACCGCAUGUUCACGUCAAACACGACGGCGGGAGUAGGCUUCCGGACGUACGGAUUCGAAACGCUCGACGUUCUCGCCGCAGCGCGGCGACGGGGCCUUGACGCGGACUGAAGCUGGCAUCUACCCCGCGGGUCGGAGCCGGCGUGGCCGAAUUGGCGCUGGACUGACAUGUUUUUAGUCGUGAAUUAUUCAUACAGAAAUAUGGCACGAUGCGGGCCACCAAGGUAAUUUUUCUGAAUGGCGCCAUUUUGGUGGGAGUACAUGAGGAGUCUGAUGGAACAACUCGCGAGGGCCGCCGCUUCUGAGUCAAUGUGGAAGACUGGUUAAGCUGCUUUCCGAUUCGAAUCGGGCUGUUUGUCGCGUCAUGUGUAUGUAAACACGUCAGCAUGUAGGUUUACAGUUCGGGCGGCAUAUCAGUUUUUUAUUUUUCAUGUGAAGUUAUGUCAUUCCUGUGCGGGAACGUUUUAGGCAGGGGUUUCCUCCGCGCCUUCGCAAGUCUUCGCAGUUUGGGGGGUUUCAUUGAGCGAUAACAAUAUUGCCAGCGGUGGCAAUAUCCACUGGAUCACGGCCGGAGGGAACGCGUAAAAGCCAAUAUCCGCCGUUCAGCAUCCGUGUUGGGUUACGUCUUUCCAGAGUCUCGCCGUCUGCUCAUUCCGGGAAGAAACAAAACUUGGCAUUCUUGAGUAAGAGCCCGAUCCCUCAAAGCUCGAGCCUGAAACGUCGUACUUCCCCCGCAUACCAGUUGCACUGGUGUUAUUGCUCUAACCGCUUCCAUGUUUUGUCGUGUGCGGUGACUGGCAGAGCGGCCUGGGCUCCUGAGGCCCAGAGCGCUUCACCGCUGCACAAACUCAAAGGGGUUACGUAUUCUUCGGCACGUGUCGGGUGGCGGCAAGAUUGCAUCCAUCAUAGGUGGGUAAUUGUUGUUCGUUGUGCGUGUUCUGCUACCCAUUACGUCCGAGGAGACGCGAGUGUUGCCUUCGUCUUCGGAGCUAAACAUGUUAUCGUUAUACGUGGGCAGUGCUGCUGUUGCUCGCUGUAGCCUCGUAGUAUGCAUAGACGGCCUCUCCGCCGGCAGCCUUUCGCCAAGCGCUGGCACCAAGUGUGCUUGUAUUCGCCGGCGUGCGCGGCACACGCGCCGGCGCCACGUACCACGAGAACACGUGUAACCCCAUCUCGCCAAUACACAACCAACGCCAGAUCGUGGUUUUGCGCAGGACGCCGUCGUCCCGCGCACGGAAAGAUCACGCACACCAGCACCGGCUAAAAAAAA